AUGGCUGAAGUUCAUAUAAUUGGACAAAUACUUGGUGCAAGUGGAUUUCCUGAAUCAAGUUUAUUUUGUAAAUGGAAAGUACAAAUGGGAAGUGCAUGGCGUGUCUUACAGGGUGAUCACGAAGGUCAAACACAAGUUGAUGAUCCAUCAGAUGAACCGAUGGCUAACUGGUGUCAUCCAAUCGAUCUACAUUGUGCUACAAAUGGUUUACAAGAAUCAUUCAACCGUAACGAUCAUCUAUGUAUUACGUUAAUAUUUGAUUAUAUCUAUAUUGUAGGUUGGCCAAAAUUUCAUUUACAAGUAUGGCAUCAAGAUAUGUAUGGACGUAAUGAAUUAUAUAGUUAUGGUUUUUGUCAUGUACCAAUUAGUCCAGGUUUACAUGAAAUUGAUUGUGUUACAUGGAGACCAAAAGGGACUCUCCUUGAAGAACUUAAAACAGAAUUUAUUGGCGGUAGUUCUCAAUUAAAAAAUCCUGAUUUAGUUUCAUCAAGUGCUGAACUCUACAAAUUACGAACAGUAUCAAUGGGUAAAAUUCAUUUACGUUUACAUAUUAUUGUACGUAAUUUUGAUAAAUAUGGUGUCGAAUUUUGA